AUUUCGUAUUGCCGUUCUCGAAUUACAAUAACUACUUGUAGUCGCAAUUUUUUCUUAGCUCGGUCAUCACGAAUAAUUUAAAGCAAAUUCCCUUAGUACGUUCCACUUCCCUGCAACCCCACUCUAGCCCAUAUUCAGUCACCGCCACAACCAGUCUUCACUGCAAUUUUUUCGUGCGCUCGGUGUUGACGCGUAGAUUUUUGAUCUUAACAUUUAAUUGUGAAAAAUGGGAAAAAUUUCAAAACAAGUGUCGAUCAAACAAAAGAAAAGAAAGCUAAAGAAAUUACUUGAAUUAUUGGACAGCUCAAGUUCGUCCGAAAGUUUUUCAAAUGAGGAACCAGGGACGGACUCGGAUUCGGAUGCGCCAUUAAUAAAUUUGGUGACACCGACUUCCGCAGUAACAGCUGGUUUGGCUAAUGAAGGUGCGCAAGAUAUUUUAGCCUUAUUAAGCAACCAAUCAUCAGUUACUAAAGGUCCUGAGAUUAAUUCUGAUGUAGCUGCUCUUCUCUCAGGUUUUCUUACUAAAGGAAUUGAUAAAGAAAAUCGUAAUGCAAUCAUAGAUUCUUAUCCAUGUAUUGCUAACUGCACAGCACUUCAACCACCUAUAAUUAAUCCAGAAAUAAAAUCUUGCCUGGAUGCAAACGCAUUAAAACAGGAUAAUUUCCUAAGAAAGUUACAAUCCCAGUUGGCAGCUGGUAUAAGCGCGAUAGCGAUUCCGCUUGACCAACAAUAUGAAGUAGCCAAGAAAACCGAAACUGAAGAGGCAAAGAAAGAAUUAGAAAAAAAAUGUGAUUCUGUUAAAAUAUUUUCGGAUGUUUUCCACGCCCUGUCUUUACAUCGACGUCAUGGUAUUGUUCCUUUUUUGGACAUUGGGGUGAAGAAAAUUCUGGAUGAUUGCCCGAUAGACGAAUUUUUGUUUGGAAAAUCAUUCCCGGACCAAUUAAAAAGCUCUAAUGAAGAACAACGUUUGGGUUCCAGUAUAAGGAAGAAAGCUAGGGUUCCACAAUAUACUACUUCCAAAUCUCCGGUUGUACAAAAAACCAAUCAACCUAAAGCCGGUCCUUCAGGUAUAUCAACAUCUUUAAACUAUCGGCGCUCACAGCGCCGGACUCGUUUCAAAAAGGAGGAGGGGAGCGGAACCCACCAUUCCAGGAGAGCAUAUCCUCCACGUUAAGAGAAGAACCAGAUCAGUUAUUAACUAGCCAGGUAAAUAAGAAAUACGCGGGCCGCCUUUCUAAAUAUUUAGAAAAAUGGGCUCUUAUCACUAAUGAUUAUGCUGUUCUCUCUUGGGUUUCUGGAUAUAAGAUUCCAUUUAGGAAGAAACCAGUGCAAACUUAUUUACCAAAAUCAAGUUUUACAUUAACAGAGGCAUCUCAAUUGGAAGAUGUUAUUACUCAAUUGUUACAGAUAGGAGCAGUGUCAAAGACUUAUCCAAGAUCUAGUCAGUUUUUUUCAUCAAUUUUCUUGGCUCCAAAACCCGAGGGUUCCUAUAGAUUUAUAUUAAAUCUCAAAGCUUUGAACCGUUUUCUACGACCUCCUUAUUUUAAACUAGAGGAUCAUAGGACAGUCUUUAAAUUAUUAUAUCCAAAUUGUUUCUUUACAUCACUUGACAUUAAAGAUGCAUAUUUUUUGAUUUCAGUGAAUAAAAGAUUUAGAAAAUAUUUGUCCUUUGAUUUUAAAGGUUCAUAUUAUCAAUUUAACUGUUUGCCGUUUGGUCUUUGCACAGCGCCAUUUGUGUUUACAAAGAUCAUGAAACCUGUAGUAAAAUUCUUAAGGUCUAAUGGCAUUGUAUGUGUUAUUUAUCUAGAUGACAUUCUCAUUAUUAGUAAAACUUUUGAGACAGCUUGUAAAGACUGCCAAGCUACAAAAGAUCUUCUGGAAUCCUUAGGUUUUUUACUUAAUUCCAAGAAAAGUAAUUUAGUUCCUUCUCAGACAUGUACAUUUCUGGGCUUUGCAUAUAACUCCAUAUCAUUUAAGGUACUUUUACCCAUCGAGAAGGCAACUCUUAUUCAGGCACAAAUUUUAAAACUUUUAACGAAGGACAAAUGCUCUAUUUGAACUCUGGCUCAACUUAUAGGUAAAUUUGUAGCAGCUUGUCCUGCUGUUAAAUAUGGUUGGGUUCAUUUAAAAAUUUUAGAGCGUAAAAAGUAUUUAGCAUUACGCUCUAAUAGACAUAAUUAUCAGUCAACUUUAUUACUUUCAGACUGUAUAAAAUCUGAAUUACAAUGGUGGCAUCAAACCUUAACUCAUAAUUAUGGUACACAUAUAGUGACAAAUACAGUGUUUGCCCUUGAGAUUUUUACAGAUGCUUCUCUAACGGGUUGGGGUGCUCAUUGUCUAAGUAAAGUUACACAUGGUUUUUGGCACACAUGUGACAGAGUAAAACAUAUUAAUUAUUUGGAAUUGCUAGCAGCUUUUAACGCACUUGGUUCGUUUGCUUCAGAUUUAUCAAAUUGUUCCAUUCUACUUAGAGUAGAUAAUGUGACAGCCAUAGCCUGUAUAAAUCGUAUGGGUAGUGUAAGGUUUAAAAAUCUUAAUUAUAUCACAAGACAAAUUUGGCUGUGGUGUGAAACUAGAAAUAUUUUCCUAGUUGCCUCAUAUGUUAAUACUAAAGAUAAUGUCCAUGCAGAUAAGGAAUCUCGAUCGACUUCAAUUAAUACAGAAUAUGAAUUAUCAAAUCAUGCUUUUCAAAAGAUAUGUCAGUAUUUUGGUAAACCUACUAUUGACCUAUUUGCAUCACAAUUAAAUGCAAAGUGUACUAGAUAUAUCUCAUGGAAACCAGAUCCUAGUUCUAUCACUGUAGAUGCUUUCACUGUUUCGUGGGAAGGUCAAUUUUUCUAUGCCUUCCCACCAUUUAGCCUUGUAUUAAAAUGCUUACAAAAGAUCAUUGCUGAAGGAGCCCAGGGAAUAGUAGUAGUUCCUCGCUGGAAUACCCAGCCAUGGUACUCUACCUUUCGUAAACUUCUUGUAACAAAACCUUUAGUUUUCACACCAGAUCAAAGUUUACUUUCUUCACCUUUCAGAGACUGUCACCCACUUUGGCAGACCCUUUCCCUGGAGGUUGGAAUUUUAUCCGGGAGGCUUUUCACAGACGAGGUGUCCUAGCAAUAGGACUUCAGGCUAUUAAAUAUUCAAUCAGCACAUCUACUUUAAAGCAGUAUACUGCAUACUUAAGGAAAUGGUGGGAUUUUUGCAGCACAAAAAACCAUAAUCCUUUUCAAUAUUCAUUAAAUUUGGUUUUGGACUUUCUAAGCACCCAAUUUCAAAGUGGCGCAUCCUACUCUACUAUUAACUCGCAACAUGCGGCUAUAGUCCUACUUUUUUCAAUAGAAACAUCAGAGAAAAAUAUUAUAAGACGUUUUUUGAAAGGCAUCUAUAACCAAAAACCAUCUAGGCCAAAAUACCAAACUACGUGGGACCCACAUCCGGUUCUUUUACAUCUAUCCAGUCUAUAUCCUUUGUCUGACAUUUCUAGGUUUCAAUUAACAAUGAAGCUGGUCACAUUAUUAGCAUUAAUUACAGGCCAUAGGCUUCAAACUUUGGCAUGUAUACGUUUACAAAAUAUCAUUAGAUUUCCAGAUCGUUUAGAAAUAAAAAUUUCAGACAGACUUAAAACUUCAUCUUAUAAGAAAUUUCAACCAAUAUUGAUAAUCCCAUAUUUUAAAGAAAAUGCUUCUCUCUGCGUGGCCUCUGUCAUUGAUCAAUAUAUACUGGUAACCAGGGAUCUUCGUUCCCCAGACACUGAUUUCUUAAUUCUAACAGUUAAUAAACCCUUUCAUCCAGUGUCAGCACAGAGAUUAAGCAAAUGGAUUAAGCUUACUCUUGCAGCUAGUGGCAUUAAUACCACUCAAUUUUCGGGUUACAGUACUCGUCAUGCAGCCACUUCGGCAGCCUAUAGGGCAGGAGUUUCUAUUGAGGUUAUAAGAUCUAGAGCGGGUUGGACACAAAAAUCUAACACGUUUGCGAGAUUUUACAAUAGACCCCUAUCAGAAGAUCCUGCAGCAUUUGCUAAAGGGAUCUUAGGUAUAGUGCAUUAUAAAUAAUAGAUUUAGAUACUUAUGUGUUUGUAGUUUGUUGUGUUCCUUUAAUAUAAAAAAUUCAUUAUAUUAUAUUUAUAUUUUGUACAAAUACUGUAUUUUGUUACAAAUAUAUUUUUGGAGAAAAUUCUAGAUCUUUAUCUUUGAACAUCUACAAGUAGUUAUUGUAAUUCGAGAACGGCAAUACGAAAUAUAAUUAAACGAUCAAUUGACUUACCUUAAGGAUAAUUGAUCUAUAUUAUAUGAGUAUUGCCGUUCGAAGAAUUACAAACCCACCCCAGUAUCCCACCCGGAUAGGUUGAUCCAGAAUUUUCAGCAAAAUUGCAGUGAAGACUGGUUGUGGCGGUGACUGAAUAUGGGCUAGAGUGGGGUUGCAGGGAAGUGGAACGUACUAAGGGAAUUUGCUUUAAAUUAUUCGUGAUGACCGAGCUAAGAAAAAAUUGCGACUACAAGUAGUUAUUGUAAUUCUUCGAACGGCAAUACUCAUAUAAUAUAGAUCAAUUAUCCUUAAGGUAAGUCAAUUGAUCGUUUAAUUAUGACAUCACGGACUCGGUUAUUACUCGUCUCUCACCAUCUUGAGAAGCCAAGUAAUAAUUAAUAAACGCGCCUACCUAUAGGCACCAGUUAAUA